GCUAAUUGUCCCAACGGGGUGGGGUGUCUCUUCUCUCUCUCUCCCUCUAUCGAUUUCGACUCCCAAAUCCACUCUCUCUCUCUCUCCCCACGCACAGAUCAUCCAGGAGACGGAGGCGCCACCGUCAAGCGCGAGCGCUGAGUGCUUUAUUUUCCCCAAACCAUCUCUUUCUCGAUUUUGGGAUCAGAUUUGAAGGUUUUACAUUACAGUGGAAUUGAGCUGAUUUUUUUAACGGACGUAAAUCCGAUCACACAUGCGGCGUUGAUGGCAUGCACCGUGUAGGAGACGUGGCCUCGCUCGCCGCCGUUGGUUUCGAUUUAGGCGCGAUUUUGAUAAUACGAUGUCGCAUCAGGUGGUGAAACUGCGGCGGGAGGGUCUGGCGCCAUGCAUGACAUGCCCGCUCUGCCACAAGCUCUUCCGCGAGGCCACCACUAUUAUCGAGUGCCUCCACACAUUUUGCCGGAAAUGUAUAAACAAGAAGCUCUCAGACGAGGAACUGGAAUGUUGUCCAGUAUGCAACAUUGAUUUGGGAUGUGUUCCAUUGGAAAAGUUGAGGCUGGACCAUAAUUUGCAAGAUGUGAGGGCGAAAAUAUUCCCUUAUAAGAGGAUGAAAGUCAGAGCUCCUGAAGUUGUAUCUCCUGUUACAUCACCUGUCAAGAGAAAGGAAAGAUCUCUCUCAUCAUUGGUAGUUAGCACGCCUAGAGUUUCAACUCAGAGUGGAAUGACUGGACGACGAUCAAAAUCCAUAACCAGGAAAGCGUCAAGAGGUUCCAGUUUCACAAUAGAGAAACCAAUUAAAAAAGAUGAUUACACCAUGGAUUAUCACCAUGAAAGCUCUAGCUCACCUGAGACGCUAAAUAGAUCUACCCAGAAUACGAGGAAGAGUUCUAUUUCUAGUGAUCCAUCCAACCACGCUAGUCCAGAUAAAGGAAGAGAGAAUGGAUUUGAGACUUUGGAAGGGAAGGUUGAUUGGAAACCACUGAAUUGUUUGGUGGAGGCAGCGAAUAGGACCAAGUCUUCAAAGUUUAGCAUGCAGGGUGUUGUUUCUAAAUCAGAAGCUCCAAAUUCCCAUGACAAUGAGGGGCCAAAUAAAAGCAGAAGUAAAGAAAACAGGCAGAAAUCAAAACUUCAAGAUGUCAAGAAUUUAAACAACCAUACCCCUCCAGAUUCAAAAAGGCCCAAAAAGCUUCGCAAAGUUCGUCAAAAGAAAACUCAGGAUUUUGGAGAAUUCAGAGUCCCCCCCAAGGCUGUGUUAGAUGCUGCUGGUGCUAAAUUUGAACGCAAGAAUCAUCCAAUUUGGUUUUCAUUGGUCGCAGAUGGGCAGGAAGGUGAUGCACUGCCCUUGCCUCAGAUAGCUGCAAGUUACUUCAGAAUAAAGGAGGGGGGCAUGCCGGUUUCUUCCAUCCGCAAGUACUUGAAGCUGAAGCUAGAUCUUACUAGUGAAGAUGAGGUAGAAAUAAAAUGCAUGGGACAAGCAGUGAUCCCAACAUUGACGCUGAAUAAUGUAGUGGAUCUAUGGCUUCAAACAACCACCACCGAGAAAGUGUCUGCCAAAAUCGGUUCAUCAGCAAAGGACCUAGUAAUGGUUUUAGGCUAUGCUCGCAGAUCAUAACACCAAAUCGCCAUGUUAUUACUUCAUUUUCACAUUUAAUCAGAUUCUAGUCUUAAAGAUACUCGAUCUUGUCUCAGAAGUCAAGAUAGUAAGACAAGAGAGUGUGCUGCAUCAUUGUAUUGUGUGUAUGAGAUGCCUAAGCAAUGAUGGUCUUAUGAACGUUUUGAGAA